UAUUUAUCUUCUGGCUACAAUGGCUAUCGUCUCUGUCGACGUUAACAAAAACGAAAUCGUUCGCCCGGUCGCUAAUUUCCCUCCUAGUUUGUGGGGUGAUGUUUUUAAUUCAUACACCAUGGAUAUUCAGUUAUCAGACAUGUACACUGAAGAGAUUAAGGUGUUGAAGGAAGAAGCAAGAAAUAUGCUGAUUUCACGCGACAGCAAAUUGUCGGAGAAACUGGCUUUUAUCGACACGCUCGAACGCCUCGGCUUAUCUUAUCACUUUGAAAAUGAAAUCCAAGAACAGCUCACGUUAGCAUUCAAUGGCCAUCUCAAACUCGAGCCCGAAGAAAACGAUGAUUUGUUCAUAAACUCAUUGCAGUUCAGAUUGCUGAGGCAGCAUGCCUUGGAUGCACCUUCAUCCGUUUUUGAAAGACUUGUCGAAAAUAACGGCGAAUUCAAGAAGAGUAGCCUUGUAAGGGAUAUUGAUGAUGUUAAGGGUUUGUUAAGCAUAUACGAAGCUUCAUAUUUGAGAAGAACCGACGAGGAGAUUUUAGACAAGGCCUUUUCUUUCUCGAAAGCUCAUCUUGAAUCGGUUGCUCCUAAUUUACCCGAAUCGUCCCUCAAGAAACACGUUUCGCGUGCUCUCUAUCAAUCCCACGUACGUGGCAUUCCGAGAGUCGAAACGCACUUAUUCAUCUCACUGUACGGAGAAUUCGAAUCAAAGAACGAGUCGUUGUUGAGGCUGGCCAAAUUGGAUUUCAACUUGCUACAAAUGCAGCACAAAAUGGAACUCUCUGAAGUUACAAGGUGGUGGAAGGAGGUGGAUCUUAUUUCAAAGCUUUCAUUUGCUAGAGAUAGAGCUGUUGAGUGCUAUUUCUGGACUGUCGGGGUUUAUUCCGAGCCCCAAUACGGGAUUGCUCGAAUCAUGCUUGCUAAAACCAUUUGUAUGAUAUCUGUUAUAGACGACACAUUCGACGCAUAUGGAACAAUUGACGAACUCACAGUUUUCAACGAUGCCGUACAAAAGUGGGAUAUAAGCGAAAUCGACCGACUCCCAGAGUACAUGCAGAUAUUGUAUAGAGUUCUUUUAGAUCUUUACGAAUCUUUCGACGCAGAGUUGUCUCCGAAAGGAAGGUCGUACGCCGUUCAUCAUGCUAAGGAGGCGAUGCAACAAAUUGUGGGGAGUUACUAUACCGAAGCAAAAUGGUUUAUCAAAGGUCAUUUGCCAACGUUCGACGAGUAUAUGAGCGUUGCUAAAAUCACCUCCACUUAUUACGUACUCACCACAACAUCGCUCAUAGGCAUGGACAAUGCGACAAGCCAAGUGUUCGAUUGGCUUUUGUCUAAACCUAAAAUUGUCGAAGCUAAUGUCACAAUAUGUCGUGUCGUUGAUGACGUCGGCACAUAUGAGGUUGAAAAGGGAAGAGGGCAAGAAGCAACUGGGAUUGAUUGCUACAUGAAGGAGCAUGGUUUAUCAACAGAAGUCACUAUCGACUUAUUUUACGAAAUGGCUGAAAAUGCAUGGAAAGAAUUAAACGAAGGGCUGAUGGAUAAUUCCGUGACGAUGGAAAUUCGCAUGCGAAUUUUCAAUUUGGCACGAUUGAUUGACGUUACUUAUACCCACAACGGAGAUGGAUACACACAUCCGGAGAAAUUGCUCAAGCCUUCUAUCGUGGCAUUACUUGUCGAUUCGUUCGAAGUCUAAACUUCUUCUUUAAUUUGCACAAUAAAACGUAUGUUAAUGUACGUAAAUAAAUAAUUUAUCGAUUUUUUUUGUUCUCGUUUAAUUUCUUGUAACUCAUGAUGUUGUAGUCUUGUUGUGUAAGCAAGCCAUGAUGUUUUAUCGUUUA